UGCCAGCAUUCUCUGUCUUCCAGCUCCCCAGGAGCUCCCUCAAUACCUUGGGGUGGGGGCAUGGUGACUGACCUAGUCACACCCCACAGAACACCUCCUUCUCUGUCGGUACUCACAGCCACCGCCUGUGCCUUUAAGGACUGCUGCUCGGUGCCAGGGUCUUGACCUCAGCAUCCUCAGCUGAGUUGGAUUAAGGACCAUUCCGUGCCUUCUGUGAAUUCCUUCUCGCUUCACUUCCCUCCCCCACAUGGAGACAGAGUAGCCUGGAGCCCCAACCAUUCUGCCGAAGGCAGUCAGAGAACUGGUCUCUCCUCAUAGCUUUGUUCCUUCGAGAGUAAAGGUUGCGUCUUUGAUAGGUGGCUUGUGACCUCGGAGUGGACUCUUAGGGGUCUUGGGCUGUCACAGGAUCUCCAAAAAGCCAUGCAGCAUCUUGAGCCAUGAAGGACUAUUCCGAUGUCAUCCUCUAUCCAGAGGCAACUGAGCUGAGUAAGACAGAGUUCUGCAAUCCUGCUUUCGACCCUGAAGCAGGACCUUCUUGCCCUCCACCAGCCUUACAGAAAGAUGCCAGCAGCAGCCUCAAAGCUCCCUGGCGUGCCCAGCAUCUCCGAGGGCUACAACCAGACUGCCAUUUCUCCUGCCUCUGUAUCCUGCUGCUCAGUGGCCUGCUGCUCCUGCUGUUGGGGCUACUGGUGACUGUCAUCCUGACCCAGCUGCAGGCUACAUCCCUCCCUAGGACAACCGAGAGCCCACUGCCCACCCAAGGCCUCGCCCCCAAGGGUAGCAUUCCUAGUACCAGUCCUAACACCAGCACCACCACCAUCUCUCCAACAACCGCGGGGCAGCAGGAGGCAGCCGUGAGCCCUACACACCAGACCACCUGCGGAGGCCUCCUUCCUGGUCCAAGGGGUUUCUUCAGCAGCCCCAACUACCCAGAUCUUUACCCAGCCCACAGUCACUGUGUCUGGCAUAUCCAGGUAGCCACAGGCCAGACAAUACAGCUCAAGAUUCAAGCCCUCAGCAUAGAAGGUGUGCUCGCCUGUCUUUUUGAUCGCUUGGAAAUUACCCCAGAGCCUUCAGGCCCUCUCCUCAGGGUGUGUGGUAAAACGCCUCCAGCCACACUAAACACCAAUACCAGCCACCUCCGUGUGUCCUUCGUCUCUGAUGCUGACGUGGAAGGGUCUGGUUUCCAGGCCUGGUACCAAGCUGUGGCCCCGGGGCAUUGGAGCUGUGCCCACAAUGAGUUCCGCUGUGACCUGCUCCUCUGCCUGACGCACGACUUAGUAUGUGAUGGUAUUACCAACUGUGCCGAUGGUACUGACGAGGCCAACUGCAGUGCCAAGACCUUGGGGUGCGGAGGAAAUCUGACUGGGCUCCAUGGGGUGUUCUCUACUCCCAACUACCCACAGCACUACCCUCAACAACAGCUCUGCACCUGGUACAUCUCAGUGCCCGUGGGAUACGGCAUAGGACUGCGGUUCCACAACUUCAGCCUGGAAGAGCAAGCGGAGUGCAAGUUUGACUACGUGGAGGUGUAUGAGGCCAGCAGUUCCGGGGCCUUCAGCUUCCUGGGCAGGUUCUGUGGCACAGAGCUGCCACCCCACCUCGUCUCCUCACGGCACCAGCUGGCUGUAAUCUUUAAGACCGAUCUUGGUAUCAGCAGCGGGGGCUUCUUAGCCACUUACCAGGCCAUCAAUACUACAGAGAAUCCUUGUGGGCCCAGAGAGUUCUGCCAGGACGGAGGGUGUGGGGAACUGCAAUGGAUGUGCGACUUGUGGAGAGAUUGUGAAAACGACAGCAAUGACAAUUGCAGCAGCCACUUGUUCCCACAACCAGAGCUGACCUGUGAACCUGUCCAAGUGGAGAUGUGUCUUGGACUAAGCUACAGUACCACAGCUUUCCCCAACAUCUGGGUGGGCCUGGCCACCCAGGCAGAGGUGGCAGACAUCCUCAGAGGCUACAAGAGUCUGACAACUCUACCCUGCUAUCAGAACUUCCGGAGGUUCCUUUGCAGACUGCUUGUACCUCACUGCACCCCACUAGGCACUAUCUUACCCCCUUGCCGCUCUGUCUGCCAGGAGGCAGAACAACAAUGCCAGUCUAGCCUGGCACUACUGGGCACCCCCUGGCCCUUCAACUGCAACCGGCUGCCUGAGGCGGCUAGUCUGGAAGCUUGUUCCCAGCCCUGACCUGAAGCCAGCCCCUACCCUCUGUCUGCCCAUCCUCCUCUACUUAUGUGGGUGGACAGGGCAGGCAGAAAACAAAGGGAAGAGUGACCUGGGCAUGGGCCUCCACCCAUCCUCUCUUGGUGCUUCCCAGAGAGCGGGACCUGAUCCUGCCCAGGGCUAAUGGGGCCACCCGAUCUUCCCUGUACCAUCCCUGUGCUCUUCUUUGCCAAGACAGCCUUAUAGCCUAGAGAGCCUAGAGAUUUCUUAUCCAAGUCUCUGACCCUGAUACCUUAUCUUCUGCCUUACCCCUUCCCGUUUGAGUGUUUAAAAUCACCAUCACCAGACUUCAGCUUUUCCAUUUAGUCAACAAAAACUAUAUUGAGAGUCUACUGGUGUGGUGGGACCCUAAUCUACGCCUGGGGUCUCCUGAUCCAGGUCUCCACCUGC